UAUAUGUAGUUGCUACUCUGCUGAAGGGUUGAACCCAUCUCUUUUGAUAGAGUCUACUAUAAGCUCUAACUGCUGCCCUUAUCGCUAAUUGCUUACAUGCAGUCCUACAGACGCGCAACAUGGACGCCCCCACACCGCGCCGCGCAGACUGCCGUCUCUCUCCCGCAACCGUCAGUGAUUUCAAUGCGCCGGACAUGCUUCAAGCUGAGGAAGAGGCAGGCAGUGAGGUGCCAGGAUGCGGCAUACUGCAAUGUGCAACAGACCUGCUGGUACUUCUGCCCGCUAGCGACCGUGUGUUCGACACUGUAUCACCGUUAAACGGCAGUGACCAAUCCUCGCAGGUCUCAAUCCCUUUCUCUGAUGUGGCAGAGGAUGAAUGUCUCAGAAGAGUGUCUGCUAGGAAUCGAACAUCUGUCGACGGGGAAGUAAUGGCCUUCUCAUCCGAGUUCAAGAAAGCUCUGACGGAGUCAAGAGACCCGGCAAAAGAAAGUCUGGAUGCCUAUUGUCCGUCGUCUGUGACAACCAUGAUGGCGGAGGACCCAAAAUUCAUAAUACGAGAUGCGCAACAGCGGACACUCGCGAGGCACUCCCAAGGGCGCCAAAAGAAGUCCCCGCUAACGUCUGGGAUACUGAACUCGAUUGCCCGAAGUAUUGAUGAAUUUAAGACAGGAACACCAAAGGAGGAAGAAAACGAAAGUUACGAAGAAGGAGACGACGAAGAUCAGGACGAAGAGAAUGUUAAAGAAAUGAAAAUGAAAACCAAACCGCGGAAUGUCCCAGCAACGGCAGAGGCAGUUGAUGAAGAUGAUGAUUGUUAUGACACAAACUCAGGCUUCUGGAGGAUGCUGUCAGCUUAUGACGACCUGGUUCUCUCUCAGCCGGGCUACAGCACGCACCAACAUGGUGAGUCCCACUGGCUGGAUGCGGACACAGUGCCUUGGAGGACAAUGGAGGAGUCGAGGAACAAGUGUCUGCAGUGGCUAGAGAAACAAGUUGAAGGACAAGUGUCUGCAGUGGCUAGAGGAACACGUUGAAGGACAAGUGUCUGCAGUGGCUAGAGGAACACGUUGAAGGACAAGUGUCUGCAGUGGCUAGAGGAACACGUUGAAGGACAAGUGUCUGCAGUGGCUAGAGGAACACGUUGAAGGACAAGUGUCUGCAGUGGCUAGAGGAACACGUUGAAGGACAAGUGUCUGCAGUGGCUAGAGGAACACGUUGAAGGACAAGUGUCUGCAGUGGCUAGAGGAACACGUUGAAGGACAAGUGUCUGCAGUGGCUAGAGGAACACGUUGAAGGACAAGUGUCUGCAGUGGCUAGAGGAACACGUUGAAGGACAAGUGUCUGCAGUGGCUAGAGGAACACGUUGAAGGACAAGUGUCUGCAGUGGCUAGAGGAACACGUUGAAGGACAAGUGUCUGCAGUGGCUAGAGGAACACGUUGAAGGACAAGUGUCUGCAGUGGCUAGAGGAACACGUUGAAGGACAAGUGUCUGCAGUGGCUAGAGGAACACGUUGAAGGACAAGUGUCUGCAGUGGCUAGAGGAACACGUUGAAGGACAAGUGUCUGCAGUGGCUAGAGGAACACGUUGAAGGACAAGUGUCUGCAGUGGCUAGAGAAACACAUUGAAGGAAAAGUGUCUGCCGUGGCUAGAGAAACACAUUGAAGGACAAGUGUCUGCAGUGGCUAGAGAAACAAAUUGAAGGACAAGUGUCUGCAGUGGCUAGAGGAACACGUUGAAGGACAAGUGUCUGCAGUGGCUAG